UAUUUCUAUUGUUUUGAUAACCAACUUUUCGCGGCCGUUACUCUCUCGCUAUUUAUGCACAAUGAUAUUACGACUGAUUAUUAUGUGGAUUUUGCUGGUCCUUGGCGCUGGGUUGGCGCAUGGCGGUGGCGGUGGCGGUAGAAAAUGGCUCUGCAGCCGCACAACCUUCUGUACGCACGAGCACGAGAAGGUGGCGGGGGAGACAUACAUUAUGGAGCGCUUUGAGAGCCAGCGUGACUGUCGGCUGUCGUGCGGUAGGUACGGCGCCGUGUGGCCAAUGCCGACCGGGCCGACGAUAAGUCUCUCCCACAGCCGGGUGCACUUUGAUCCCCAGCAGAUAGGAUUCAAUGUGAGUGCGCCCAGCGAGGCGACCAGGCUGUUCCUGCACGAGACACGACGCCUGUUCGUGGGUAACCUGCGCAAGGAGUGCCCCCGCAACUGCACUGUGGCCAGCGGCGCAAGGAUCGUGAUCGAGGCCACGGUGAACAGCGAGAGCCUGGUGCUCGACUGGCGCACGCACGAGAACUACAAGCUGGCCAUCAGCUCCACGGAGACGGGCACCCUGGUGGCCAUUCAGGCGACGACGGUGUACGGCGCGAGGCACGCCCUCGAGACGGUCAGCAAUCUGGUGACGGGCAGCGUGACCAGCGGCCUGCUGCUGGUCAGCGAUGUCAUCAUCUCGGAUCGUCCGUACUACGCGCAUCGCGGCCUGCUGCUGGACACAUCGCGCAACUUCAUCCCGCUGCGGUAUGUGCGGAGGGCGAUCGACGGCAUGGCCGCCUCCAAGAUGAAUGUGCUCCACUGGCAUGUGGUGGACGCUGAAAGCUUUCCGCUGGAGAUCACCCGAGUGCCCCAGUUGCAGCUGUACGGCGCCUAUUCGAGCUCCCACACCUACUCCCGCAAGCAGGUCCUCCAGCUGAUGCAGUACGCCCGCCUCCGGGGCAUUCGCAUCAUCAUCGAGAUCGCUGGGCCCGCGCACGCCAACAGCGGCUGGCAGUGGGGCCCAGACGAGGGGCUGGACAGCUUGGCCGUGUGCCUGGAGAGUUCGCCUGGGCCCCACUGCGCUGCUUCGCCGUGCGGCCAAUUGAAUCCCGUGAACGAUAAUAUGUACGCGGUGCUGAAGGCGAUCUUCCGGCAGGUGGCUGAGAUGGGGGCACCGGAGGAGACCAUACACAUGGGCGGCCACGAGGUGCACACGUCCUGCUGGAAUGGCACCGAGCAGAUCCGCCAGAAGAUGCUCAGCCAGGGCUACGAUCUCAGUGAGGAGAGCUUCCGCCGCCUUUGGGCGCAGUUCCAUCAGCGCAAUCUGCUGGCCUGGGACGAGAUCAAUCGGCACGCGUAUCCCAGCUUGCCGGAGCCCAAGCCGGUCAUUCUCUGGUCCAGCCGGCUGACCAAUCCGGACGCCAUCGAGAGCUACCUGUCCCAGGAGCGGUUCAUCAUCCAGACGCUGGUCAAUUCACACGACUCGCUCAACAGGUUGCUGCUGGAUCGCGGCUACCGCCUCAUUGUCUCCACCAGGAAUGCCUGGUGCCUGAGCGACGGCUUCGAUGGCUUCGGCUCCGCAUACCACAGCUGGCGCAGCGUCUACGAGAACGAGAUGCCGCAGUGCUCCGACCGGCGACAGGUGCUUGGCGGCGAGGUGUACCUGUGGAGCGAGUCAGUCGAUCAGAACUCGCUGGAGUCGCGCCUCUGGCCCCGGGCUGGCGCCGCCGCCGAGCGCUUCUGGUCGAAUCCAAAGGCAAUGCGCGCCUACAUGAUAGAGCGCCGCUUCUAUCGCUAUCGGGAUCGCCUGCUCGACCGUGGCAUCCAAGCGGAGGCCGUGACGCCUCGCUACUGUGUCCUCCAUGAGGGAAUGUGCGAGCAAUAUUAUUACGGGGAUUAAAUUACAAUGGAUGCCCUCCGAGCCCGCCUCCGAGAGAACCUUAUUUGAAGCUGCUGUUCCUCGCUGCUACAAAGCUAGAAAAUAUAUUUUUGGAA